UUCCCAGUUUCUGCUAAUUCAGUUUUAGGGUUUUAAUUUCUUCUUGUUUUUUCAUGGAGGAAUCGUCAAAUCCAGACGCUACUCACGGCGGAUUCCUCCAGUUGCCUUCCGUACGGUUCAUACAGUCCCCUAUUUCAUCCCUACUCGAAUACUCCGGCGUCCUCCGCCGCGACCCCCCGCCGGAGUCCUCCUCCGGCAGCCCUCUCGUGGCCCAGAGUUCUUCGACUACUGAAGCCGCCGCGAACGGCGCUCCGGAGUCGGGAAGUAGAGAUUCCGGCGACGGUAAUAACGAAGGGGACGUAUCGAUUCGGAUUGUCGGGGAGAGUGGCGCCGGCGACGGUGGGGACAAUGUGAAUGAUGAUUAUUACUACAGGGGAUCGUCGAGGUUUUUGCAGCAGGCUGCGAGGUGGGUUGAGCAGAUUCUUCCAUUUUCAGUCCUUUUUUUGGUGGUGUUCAUCCGACAGCACCUUCAAGGAUUCCUCGUGAUCGGUUAUGCAAUGGCUGUCUUGGUGAAGUCCGACGAUGUUCUUCAGAACCAAACUGCCCUAAAGGGCGAGAGGAAGCUAAUUGUCCUGCUCGGUUGUUCAAUGCUUUUCAUGAUUCAUAUAUUCGGAAUCUACUGGUGGCUUCGCAAUGACGACGUUCUGUAUUCACUGCUCAUGAUUCCUCCAACGGCGAUCCCUCAUUUUUGGCGCGCAGUUUUCAUCAUCCUUUUAAAUGAUAUAAUGGUGCGACAAGCCGGGAUGAUCUUCAAGUUGGUUCUUUUAAUGUUCUACAAGAAUGGCCGAGCCCAAGAUUUCCGGAGACGGGGGCAAAUGCUGACUCUCGUCGAGUAUAUUUUACUGCUGCACCGCACCGUGUUGCCUACGCCGUUAUGGUACAGAUUCUUCUUGAACCAAAAUUACGGGAGCUUUUUUUCAUCGGUGACUGCCGGAUUAUAUUUAACUUUCAAAUUGGCAUCGAUCGUCGAAAAGGUCAAGUCAUUAGUUGCUGCCGUGAAGGCGCUGUCCCGGAAAGAAGUUCCAUACGGGGCUUACGCCACACAAGAACAGGUAAACAAUGCUGCCGGAGAUUUUUGCGCUAUUUGCCAGGAGAAGAUGCACGCCCCGAUUUUGUUGAGCUGCAAUCAUAUGUUCUGCGAAGACUGCAUUUCUGAAUGGUUCGAUCGAGAAAGGACCUGCCCCUUAUGCCGGGCGCUGGUGAGGCCAGCUGAUCUGCAAUCAUUUGGGGACGGAUCGACCAGUCUUUUCUUCCAAGUGUUCUAGUCUAGUCGUCUUCUUGCGACAAAUUAGUCAUUCGUAACGGGAUCUUCAAUUCCCCUGUCUGCUCGGCACCCAAAUCAAACAGUCGGAAGCCAGCUUCGCGAUCAGAGGACGGAUUUGUGAGAUAGAGGUCUCCAUGGCUGAAAAUGGAGGAUAGACAUUGAGCAUCAGGAUGAAGACAGGGGAAUGUUGGGACAAUGUUUUUGACAUGAAGGGAUUCAUUGAAAUAAACUAACUUGCAUGGAUGGAUAUGCAAAUACUUUGGCCUUAUAUCAUAUCAUGUAUAAAAGCAUCAUUGGUUGUCUACCUCUCGAUUCUUUUAAAUUUGUUUUUGUCGGAGAAUAUGAUUCGAAUAAAUGUUUGUCUUGCUCAUAUAGCAUGGCUAAAAGAUUUUCAUUUUGGAUU